AUGGCUCACCUGUGGAUCGCCAUGUCCACUGAAUGGAAGCCCCUGGCAGGUGACCACCUGGGGAUGCAGUUUCCUACACUCUCAGAGAAGCAGACCAUGGCUGUUUCGAUGUAUCUACCCGAAAGGGUCACAAUGACUAUCGACUACUUCGAGAUCGAGGCGAUGGUUUGGGAUUUUGGGGGUCUCAGCCAUCAAUCCUGGAGUUCGGAACUUUUCGUAUACGAACAAACCCCUUGUCAGUUUGGGCUUCUGUCGAUCUGUGUUCAGGACGUCCGACAGUGGCGAGUGAAUUCGACUGGCAUCUUGAAACAGAUCAGUGUGUCGGGACCGCUACUGAUUCUAUCUAUGAUCCACGGCAGUUCAAUCGCGGACCCAGGAUCGCCAAAGGCUAACUCUAUGAGGCGAUAUUGA